AUGGAGUCUUGCUACGUAUUCCGCACCUGGGCUGGAGAAACCCUCACUAUAGCCUGCGCGAUCGGCUUAGUAGCCUCAAUCGCAGGCAUCCUAGCAGUAUACGACGGCAAACCCGUACCGGACUGGGGUGACGACCUCAAUCUAAACGCUCUCGUCGCUCUUUUAUCAACAGUUCUGCGAGCCCUACUAGUCGUCACCGUUGCGCAGAUCAUAUCGCAGAGGAAAUGGGACUGGUUCAGCGUCACGAGCGCCCGGCCGUUGUCAGAUAUCCAACGAUUCGACUACGGGAGCCGCGGGGCUUAUGGGGCGUUGCUUCUCAUUCCGACUGUUUUUCUCAAGGAUUUUGUGACACUGGCUGCUGCGGUCGUGUUGCUACUGUCGUUCUUGGUGGGACCUUUUGCUCAACAGGCUAAUGGUGCGGCGCCAUGCUCGUUUCCUAGCGCUACGCUCAAUGCGUCACUUCCUUUCGCUCACAAUGUACCUGGGAGUGGUGGCUACAUCCCUUUUACAGGUGGUUCAGACGGAGGCCCCACAACCGACCUUGUUGCCGCAAUCCUAUCCAGUGUCGUAUCGCCCUACGGCAUUGAGAAUAAGAUUCGCACAAGCUGCCCUACGGGAAACUGUACUUUCAGUAAUCUGGGUCCCAGACCAGAGCUGGAGAAAGCAUUCUUCGACUCUAAUCAGAGCAUGCAUUCGACGGUUGGGGUGUGCAACGUAUGCACAAACGUGGCGUCAUUAGUGACGAGCAAGAUCGAGAGUACAGAGUGGAGUAACAACACAGUCCACUCCCUGCCAAGCGGCUUGAACCUAUCAGUAGGAGCCGGCCAUUUCGAAGUCUCGACCAUGAAACCAACUCCGGACCUCACAUGGAUGGGCAGUCUCCUAACCGACAGCGUCAGAGAAGCAUCCAGAUGGGCCUACGUCAACGCAACCCUCCUCAACAUAGCCAGUACCCCCAUCGCCGCAUCAGUAUGCAGUCUAUACCCAUGCACACGCACCUACAAAAGCAUAAUCAAGGACUCCGAGCUCCACGAAUGGGAAGCCCCCUCCUCAGCCAUGCGCCUCCAAAUCAGCGGCGCCCACCACGAAGAACUCGACCUGCCCACUUCCAGAAACAGCCUCUCCAACACGGAAUACGAAUACACAACAAGACGCGAGCCGUGCCGAGUAGGUCCGUGGACGCUAUACAAAGGCGGUUUCAUCCCCGAAGGCACCGCGACGGCGGAACUGCAGCUCUUCGACUUCACGCACGACAAGCGUUAA